UAGAGGACUGGGAGCUGCUUGUUAUUGUUAAGCUCUAGUAAAGAAGUAUUCUAGUAAAGAAGAUGCAAACUCUGCAUAGCAGCCAAUCUGUUAGACCUUUUAAACUGAGAAAGAGUUUUGCAACUAGACUGGAAGAAGUAGCAGGAAUUCGGGCAAAGUUCCCAACAAAAAUCCCGGUAAUUGUUGAACGGUAUCAGAAAGAAAAAUACCUUCCUUUACUGGACAAAACAAAAUUUCUUGUUCCUCAGGAGCUGACCAUGACACAGUUUAUAACCAUCAUUAGAAGCAGAAUGGCUCUAACUGCUACACAAGCUUUCUACCUGCUGGUGAACAACAAGAGUCUGGCCAGUAUGUCUCUGACAUUGGCUGAAGUGUACAGGGACUACAAAGAUGAAGAUGGCUUUGUAUAUAUGACAUAUGCUUCCCAGGAGAUGUUUGGAUGUCUCUUGCCCACUGCCCAAGGGAAACUUAUGGAAUGCCUUCUAAAAACAUAAGGGCAUGUCUGACUGCUGCUGUUAGGCAGCUGAUCAUGCCAGUGACUUGAAGAUCAGAGAUGCUCUUUCUAGUAUGGGAUCUUAAACACUGUACUGAGGGCUAAUGGCCCAGAUGUUGGCAGGACCAACUAAUGCAGAAGUGGUGGUGCUCUAUUCCUAGAUAAGUAACUUGGAGAUAUCUAUUUUAUAUUUGAAAAGACACGAGUGGGUUUUUUGAACUGCACCUUUAGAUUUUUCUUUUUUUGUAAUGUCAACCUUUAAGUUAUGUAACUGCUUUUUAAGGGAACUCUAAAGCCUGAGCCUAAUAGAUACAAAUAAAGAUACUUUUAAGACUAGGUUGAAUGUCAAUAUUAAUCUGGGGGAAGUAUAUAGAAGUCUUCUAGAAAAGUGUGGAGGAGUACACCU